AUGAUAUAUAAAUGUAUUGAUGUUGUGCAGAAAGUUUUCGGGGUAUUCAAGGUUUACGACAUAUCGGAGUUCGUGUGGACAAGAGUUAUACAUAGUUCAGUUCAGUUUUACGGGAUAUUGAUGCUUGCAGACGUGGGCAAGCUGACGGUUCCUGAUGCCUCGAUAAAAGGAUUUCGAGACUUACGGAUCAUUUCAAUGAACGCCAACAAGGCGAGCGAGGUCAAUAAGUAUCAAUUUUUCCUUGCUUCUCAUGCAGCCAUUCAAGGUGUUACUAAACCGACAAAAUAUUGUAUUCUUGUUAAUGAGUCAAAAAUACUGCCUGAUGAUCUUCAAGCUAUUACUUAUGAUGAACUCAAACUUUAUUAUCGAAUGCUUUAUUAG